GGGCGAGGCCUGCGCGCAGCCGGGGCGGGGCCGCCGCCGCUGCCGGGGUCUCGGCGUCCGGCCGGCGAUGGGGGAGGCCGGGCCGGGGGCCGGGCCGGGGCCCAGGCAGGCGCCGGGGCCCGAGGAGGACGAGGCGGCGGCGCCGGGCUGCGCGCGGAGGGGCCGGGCCGGGCCCCGCGGCGGCAUCCGGGUGCUGAAGAGGAUCGUGAAGCGCAACGGGAGCCGGAGCUGCUUGAACAGGAGCCGGUUUGGCUCCCGCGAGAGGGACUGGCUGAAGGAGGACACCGGCCGGGGCUGCGUGUGCGUCUAUGGAAGAGACUCCGCGGCUUCUUCAGACCUGCGCCUGGUGCUGUGCACGGUGGACACCCCCGUGUCUGAGAUUUGUGAUGGGGAGGGGAGGAAAAACCUCUUUUUGCAACUUCAUGGAGACCUGGUCCGGAGGCUGGAGCCCACAGAAAAACCCCUUCAGAUUGUGUAUGACUACUUGGCUGGGCUGGGCUUUGAUGAUCCGGUCAGAAUGCAGGAGGAGGCAGCAAACUCUGAUCUCAGCUGUAUGAUUCGCUUUUACAGUGAAAAGCCAUGUCAAGUGGAACAGUUGGAUCGCAUCCUGCUCUCCGGAAUCUAUAAUGUACGCAAAGGAAAGACGCAGUUGCACAAGUGGGCAGAGCGCUUGGUAAUUCUCUGUGGUACGUGCCUCAUUGUGUCCUCUGUGAAAGACAGCCACGCAGGGAAGAUGCACAUCUUGCCUCUCGUUGGAGGGAAGGUGGAGGAGAUAAAGCGUCGUCAGUACACACUUGCUUUCACAUCUGCGGGAGCGCAGGCUCAGACGUACCACGUUUCCUUUGAGACGCUGUCGGAGUGCCAGCGCUGGCACCGGCGGGCGGCCACGGUUGUGUCUAUGCGACUUGGCAUGGUUGAUCUUUCGUGCUACAGCCUCGAGGAAGUACCUGAGCACCUCUUCUACAGUCAAGACAUCACCUACCUCAACCUACGACACAAUUUUAUGAGAGCAAUUGGAGCGGGGAGUCUCGACUCCCUUUGCAGGUUUUCUCAGUUGAAGAGCCUGAACCUGUCUCAUAACAGACUGGGAGAGUUUCCUGUAUCACUGUGCGAGAUCUCUACUCUGACAGAGCUUAAUAUUUCCUGCAAUGGGCUUCGUGACUUGCCAAGCCAGAUUGGCAAACUGUUGAACCUCCAGACCUUCUGGCUUGACGGGAAUUUCCUCACCUCCUUACCAGAAGAACUGGGAAGUCUGCAACAGCUCAGCUGUCUUGGGCUUUCCUUCAAUAACUUCUGUGAACUGCCAGCAGUUUGUGAGAAACUCGUGGUCUUAGACAAACUAGCACUGGCAGGGAACUCGCUGGACACCCUGGACCUUGCGGCGCUGAACCGUAUGAGUCACAUCAAGAGUGUGGACCUGAGGCUGAACAACCUGAAGAGAGCAGCAACUGACACUCUGGAGGGGAACAAAUCUGUGACUUACAUGGAUUUACGAGACAAUCAGAUGACAGAUCUGGAUCUGAGCUCCUUGGGCAGCCUGGAGCAGCUGCACUGCGAGCGGAAUAAGCUGAAAGAGUUGACGCUGAGUGGCUUCUCCCUGCGGGCCCUCUAUGCAAACAGCAACUGUCUGACAACUGUCAAUAUUUAUCCAGUUCCUGGUCAACUGACAUGUCUAGAACUCUCUCACAAUCAACUGCAGUGUGUCCCAGACUGGGCCUGUGAAGCAAAGAAACUGGAAGUUUUGGAUGUGAGCUACAAUUUCCUUGUGGAGCUUCCAUCAAGGAUCCUCAGCAGCUUGAGCCUUCGGAAGUUGAUGGUGGGGCACAACCGUCUGCAGAGCCUUCCACCCCUUGUAGAACACAUUCCCCUGGAGGUGCUGGACCUGCAGCACAACCUGUUGACUAAACUCCCAGAGACGCUCUUUGUCAAGGCUCUGAACCUCAGGUACCUGAAUGCAUCUGCAAACAGCCUGGAGUCCUUGCCGCCUGCAUGUACAGAGGAGGAGAGUCUGAGCAUGCUGCAGCUGCUUUACUUGACCAAUAAUAACCUCACAGAUCAGUGCAUCCCUGUCUUGGUGGGGCACCCAAGCCUACGGAUCUUGCAUCUGGCAAACAACAACCUACAGACUUUCCCUGCAAGCAAACUCAGUAAGCUGGAGCACUUGGAAGAGCUGAAUCUCAGUGGUAACAAACUGAAAUCAAUUCCCACAACAGUGGCAAACUGCAAGCUGCUUCAUACACUUAUUGCACACUCUAAUGAAAUCAGCAUCUUUCCAGAGAUCCUGCACUUGCCCCGUAUUCAGUUUGUGGACUUGAGCUGCAAUGAGUUAACCGAAAUCCUAAUCCCUGAGGCACUGCCAGCUGCCUUGCAAGAGUUGGACCUGAGCGGAAACACAAACCUGGUGCUAGAACACAAGACGUUGGAAAUCUUCAGUCACAUUACCACACUGAAGAUUGAUGCUAAGCCCUCCCUUACGGCAGACUCGGCACUCACUUCUACCUUCUGGAGUCAUGGAGUAGCUGAGAUGGCAGGCCAAAGAAAUAAGCUGUGUGUGUCUUCCCUGGCACUGGGGAGCUUUGCGGAGGGGGUGGAGGCUGUGUAUGGCAUGUUUGAUGGUGACAAGAAUGAGGAGCUGCCACGCUUACUGCAGUGCACCAUGGCCGAUGUACUCUUGGAGGAGGUACAGCAGUCAGACACCAUGUUCAUGUCCAACACCUUCUUGGUCUCCCACAGGAAGCUGGGCAUGGCCGGGCAGAAGUUGGGUUCCUCUGCUGUCCUUUGCUACAUUCGUCAUGAUAUGACUGAUCCAGUCAGCAAUUUUUUUCUGACGGUGGCCAAUGUGGGGACGUGCCAAGCCAUUCUGUGCCGAAGUGGAAAACCCCUCCCUCUCUCCAAAAUCUUCAGCCUUGAACAGUGUUCAGAGGAAGCCAAGAGAGUCAAGGAGCAAAAAGCCAUUAUAACAGAGGACAACAAGGUCAAUGGUGUGACUUGCUGUACUCGGAUGCUGGGCUGCACGUACUUGCAUCCUUGGAUCCUGCCCAAACCACACGUCAGCUCCAUUCCACUGACUGUACAAGAUGAGCUGCUGCUUCUGGGGAACAAAGCUCUGUGGGAACACCUGUCCUACACAGAGGCUGUCUCAGCUGUGCGCCACCUGCACGACCCACUAGCUGCUGCAAAGAAACUCUGCACUUUAGCCCAAAGCUAUGGUUGCCAGGACAAUGUAGCUGCAAUGGUGGUGUGUCUGAACAUCAGUGAGGACAGCUGCACGUGUGAGAUGCACGGCCUCAUGCUGCCAGGUCCUGGGGGAUUUAGUUCCACCACCACCACCAAGCCAGCAACUCCUUCAUCUAGCAGUGGGAUCGCUUCAGAGUUCAGCAGUGAACUGUCUGCUUCUGAGGUGAGCAGCGAGGUGGGCUCUACUGCUUCAGAUGAACACAACGCUGUUGGUCUUGACGGCAGUUUGCUACCACGACAAGAGCGGCGUUGCAGCCUGCAUCCUGUACCCCCCUCCAGCAUCUUUCAGCGCCAGCCUUCCAGUGCCACCUUCUCUAGCAACCAGUCUGACAACGGUCUGGACAGCGAUGAUGAGCAGCCCGUGGAAGGUGUGAUGACAAAUGGUAGUAAAGUGGAGGUAGAGGUGGACAUCCACUGCUGUAGAGAAAAGGGCCUGGAGUCCGAACCUCCUGCUGCAGAGUACAGCUCCUCUGCUCCAGGGCCAGAGGAUGACGCUGGGCUUGUCCUCAUCAUUCGGAGGCAGAACAGUGUAAACAGCAACACUGUGCAGAGAGGGGUCAAGGAGAAGUGUGAACUGCAAAAAUCUCUUUCCUCGUGCUGUCUUUAUGGAAAGAAGCUUUCCAACGGCUCCAUAGUGCCCUUGGAGGAGAGCCUCAACCUCAUCGAAGUAGCCACAGAGGCACCCAAGAAGAAGACAGGCUAUUUUGCUGCUCCAUCCCAGAUGGAGCCAGAGGAUCAAUUUGUGGUGCCACCUGAUCUGGAGGAGGAAGUGAAGGAGCAAAUGAAGCAGCACCAGGAGAAUGGAGCAGAUCAGGAGCAGAAGGAGGAUCAUGCAGCAACUCUGCCAGAGGAGUUUGACACAGCUUUGUAACCCCACAAGUACUGUUCCCGCAGUGUCUGUGCCAGGAAGCUCUGUACCGUAGGGGCUGCCUGGCCCUCCAAGGGCAGCUGGGAUCUGCUAGAAGUACAGUCUUCUGCUGCUUCCUUAACAGAGUUGAGGAAGAACUGGGAGGGCUGAGGUCUGGGCUGUCCACUUUUCACUGGAGAGUCUCAGUUGUUCUAUGAGCACUCAGACCAGCAGCUGAGCUCUGUUAGGGACUGUCUGGAAAUUGUGCAAGCACUAGGAAGAAGGCAGGUGUUCCAGCGCCUGCCUGUGACUCCUUGAACCUCGAGGUUCUGCCAGCUCUUCAGGAAGGGCUGGCACGAGUGUGGGGGUGCGGAGGCUGCUGAGGGGCAAUGUUCAGUGUUUGGAGUCCUGUGAAUAUUUCUAAUGCAGCCCCCAUGCCCCCCAGCACCUGACUUUGUUAUUCCUUGAAAGAAUACAGCCAGUUGCAAUGAAACUGACCCAAGAAUGGUUUCCUACAUUAACUGCAAGCACUUUCAUUGAUUGCACUUAAGCUGUUCUGCUCCCUUUCAGCCCAGCACUUUAUUAUUUAGGGUUAGGGGAGAGAAAGCACUCCACAGCAGGUGUGAUGGGGGCUUUUCCCAAUUGAUGUUAGGGCAGUGGAGAACUCAGAGUAACAGUGUUCUGAUGAGCACAGGUGCAGGGUAGAGUGAGAGUUAUGGUAGGAUCAGCCUAUGCAGGAUGAGAAAAUACACAGCUGAGUAAUAAACAGGUGCCUACUGGUGCAUUUUCUGUGGAGCAUAGGGAAGAUCCGCUCUGGACCGUUUGAUUAGGGUGAUGUGUAGAGCCAGUGCUUCUAGCUGCAGAGCACAGACCCAGCUCAGCAGCAGCUUGGCUGCCUCCGUCAUGGAUGCUUCGCAGGAGAGGCUUCCUGUACCCAGAAGACAUGGGAUUAAACCAGGAGCUCGUGCUUGUUUCAGUGAGGUGCUCUAUCUAGGAGGAAGCCCAGUUGCCCACAGUGGGGCUGGGAAAGCGUCCAGUGCUGUGUCCCACCAACACAAACCUCUGCACUGUCAGCUGCAGCAUCCUCGCUUGCCUCUGAAAACAGGAGUCAUAUUCCAGACCCCCAGCAACCUGCAUUUCAUGAUACCUGCCCAAUUUGGCCACGAACAAGGUGAAAGCAUACUUACUGCUGCCUAGUUUUCAAUGCAAAAGGAAAAAACCAGAACUUUUCAUCUUAAUAACAUCUUUAUCAGCACUGGAAAAGAUAUUAAGCAGUCCCACUCAUGAUGAGCUGGCCACUCUGCACUCAGCAGGUGAGUCGGCUGCCUGUGUGCUCAUUGUGUGCAGGGGUUGUGAACAAGCGCUGCGGCGUGCGGAUCCGUCUUCCUCAGCUGGCAGAGAGCAGUGGUGCAAUAAUCCUGACUGUAAUGUGGGCUAGUGCCUUUUCCUCUUCAUUAAUUAUAUUUAUGAAGAAAACUUGAAAGUUUAUUCUCAAGAGCUUUGAGGGGCUUGAGUUGUAUAUUUUUGGAUCAAAUUCAGGCCUUGCUCAGAAGGACAUACUGUGCAGACUACUUGUAGAAUUCUGUCAAUAUAUCUUUUGACAAAAUCUAAUGGAGUUUUACAAAGAUUUCAAAGCACCUUGAAUUUCUUCUCACUAGGAAAAAAUGUAUUUUUACCAUGCAUAAGAGAGCAACAUUUUAGGAUAUACUUUGUGCUAGUUACAGUGUAAUUGUGAAACAACACAACUUUUUCCAAAGUUUAAACUCUCACAAAUUUGGGCUGUUUAAAUGCCUGCGUCAUUUGGAAAUUGAGAGAAAAGCUAAUUCUUAGAAUCACAGAAACAGCAGCAUUUGAAUCCCUGAGGCAGAGAAACAACAGCAGAAAAGAUUAGAAAAACUAAACCCCAAACCUCUUUCAUGUUGUCUUCAGAGGAGUAUGCAGAAGAGGCUCAUCCCAGUGUAUUUGACUGUAACUUUGAACUCAGUCACUGGUGAGAAUGUUACCAAACAUCUGUGCCCAGCCUAACACUUUCAGAUACCUACCAGGGCUGCAGAGCAACCUCUGCUCUACAGGACUGGUGCAGAAAUACACUCUUCUUUCUGAGUAAGACUGUGACAAACCUUGCACUAGGAUGGGGCAGAUGUUAGUGCAGAUCAGGUCUGUUUCUUGCACUGAUGUGGAAAACCCAGGGUGGUUGCCGGUCUGAACCAGCAGCGUUGCCUGGCGCGUUGGCGUUGCCGCAGGGAGCGGGUUGUGCACAGCUCUGCCUGGCUCGGGGGGAAUGACCAAGGAAAAUAAAACUCUGCAAUGGAGCCUGCAGAUCUCAGGGCUGCUGCUUCUCUUGGUAGUGGCAGAAUGGAAUGCAAGGAGUUCCUGCUUAGCCUUACACUCCAGUGCCAUUUCUGGUUGUGAGACAGAAAGAGAGCUCCUAUUUUCUGUGGGUGUGAACUGUCCCAGCAGAACACGGCUUGUUCUGUUGCAUGAGGUAGAGUCCGUGGCUUUCUCUGCUUAAGCUGACAUUAUGAACUGUUUGUCUUACUCUGGGCAGCACCGCCUGAGUGCUUCACACCACCUUUUGUUCUCCUGCCUCCCUGGAGCCAGCAAGCUUCUCCUUUGUCUUCCUCACCUUACUUACUAACACCACCUUAGAUUUCAAACUCCCUCAGAGCGCUGCUGUGGGUGCAACAGGUAUGAAUGAGCAAGUCUAGUGCAGGACUCGUAGCAGGGGAUGGAAAGUGUUUUCCCAGUUCUCUUCCUGUUCUUCAGUCUCUUCCCUGAUUUGGUAUGUGGCUCUUGCACAGGUGACACAUCAUCUGCACACAGCCACGUCACUAAGAACGUCCCGUUCACGAACAGACUUGCUAUUAGAGAGAGGUUCUCAGCCUGGGCUCGUCCGGUGCUCUUGUCCCUGCUGGUGAUGCCAGACGUGGGUAACAGCCAUAAGAGACUUGGCUGCUCCAUGCUGCCACCUGCCGGUUAGUCUGGUGAGUCGGUUUGUCCACGUCUUCAGUGACUCCCGCUCUGCUGACGAGCAUGCUCACUGAGAACAGGUACUUUAAAGGCACUGACCUGUCUGCCCUGUCCUGUCCAGAAAGGCUUGUGCAAAAGGAACCCAUAAAGGUUAUAGUCAGUGAUGAGUAGUCGGGGCCCAAAUAUUGAGGAUAAGGGACAAGCUCCAAGUUGUUCCCAGCACCAGGAACGUGGUGGAGGCAGCACCACAGAUGGCCAGGACCUGAUCAGAACCCUCAGUUCAGGGGUCAGUCCUGUAACAGGGAUUCGUUGGGGACAGGCUGCGAGGCCGCAAUGCUGCUCCUCGUGCCUGGGACGUUCCGGAGUGUCCACGCUCCUGCAGGUGACGGCUUUCCUGUCCCUUGCCAAAGGCUGUCUUCAGGCAGUACGUGUGUUCACCUCUUUGGUUUUGCGCAGUUGUUGUCUGCUGUCCCAUUGCUGCCUGAAGACUCAAGUGUGUUUUUUCCUCUUUUUUUUCACAUUUUGAAAUGCUACCUUUUUUUAAUUGGACUCAUAUGACCCAGUGCAUGUUAAAGAAAUAUUGCAGUGUACCAACUGUUUAUUAAAUACUCUUUUUUCAUGAUUUUUGUUUUAAAAAGGAGAAUAUUUUAUGUAUCCCACUCUGGCAUGCACCUAUAAUUAUCCCCAUUUUUAUCGUGUAUUGGAGUAGGGUGUCCACUGAAUGCACCUUCAGCACUGUGGCCUGUGUUUGUGUUGCUUUGGAGAGGCAAGUAACGUAAGAUGGCUGGAAAACACUAUUCCAUUGAUUCUUUAUUCAGAUGUAUAGAGCAGUCCAAGAAGGAAGAAUAUUUUUGCAUCAACUUUUCAGCCGACCUAGCAAUAAAGAUUUUUACUUUCAUCCGACUAUACAUUCUGAUUCCAUUACUGGGCUGGAGGGAGUUUGUGCAGCGUCGCAGUCGGACACGGUGUGAGCAGCAGCUGCGUGGCCGCGUCUCCUCGCCCAGCUCUGCCGCUUCCCCACCCGCCGUCCCACAAAAGCGACUUGCAGAACACUGUGAGGGCGCAGUUCACAAUACCAGUUGUUAGGCAGCUUUCUGAAUCCUGCCCCAUGAACUCGCUCUAAAUGGUAGCGUGGGUCUCUGGAAGGAGCUGCAGCACGCAGGAGAUGCAGAACCAUUAGAAGAAACAGGACCACAGUGGAGUGUCCACGUCCAUCCCUGUGCUGAAACACUCAGUGCAUCGAGAGAAAUCAAACCGCCCCCAGUACCUGGUGUGUUUUCUAGUUAGCAUUUGGUUUACUGUUGCAUCUCUAGUUCCAACAAUGUUCCAUGGGGUUUGGUAACUGAGGAUUUAGUCGCUGGUGCCAGUGAAACCAGAGGUAUAUCCAAGACAAAGCAUGUUUCUUGUGUGUUUAGGUUGGUGGUUGGGUUUUGGAGUCUUUAUUUGGUUGGUUGGUUGUUUUUUGUGGUGUUUUGUUGUCGUUUUUUGCUUUUUUUUUAAUAUGGGCAGAACUGACCUGUGAAGCCAGUGGUGGUUCCAUCCUUAUACGGACCAUGCACAUCGUGGACACUGCUCUAAAGUGACACUUUAUUCUGAGGUUUGAUUUUGUGAUUCCAGUACUACUUUUCCCUGUUAAAUUUCCUAAAUAAGCUUUUUUUUAAGUAAAUUUUACCUUUUCUAAAAAUAAAUAAUACAAGAGCAGCA